AUGGAUGCGGCAGAGUCCAUUAUCAAUGACUAUAUUGAGACCCUCGAAAACGAAGAAGUCAUUGAUGAUUCCGAAGAAAGGGAGCUAGUAACCGACUCAUGCUCGACAAAAGUCUUAAAUAAUGACGAUCAGCCUACAGACCGAUAUCGAUUUGUCUACAUUUUGUUUUAUCUUUUUGGUGUAACGUCGUUAGUACCUUGGAAUUUUCUCAUAACUGCAAAUGAUUACUGGAUGUAUAAGUUUCGUGACAUCACGCCCAACAACAUGACAAUGGUGGUCCGAAAGACGCAGUUUCAAGCUGAGUUCACGUCUUAUCUCAACGUUGCAACUGCUAUUCCCAACUUGAUAUUCCUUGUAUUGAACUCCUUGUAUGGACAUUUGAUGCCAUUGAAGAGCCGGCUACAAGGCUCGCUGGUGGUUAUAACGUUGUUGUUCCUACUGACCACGUCCCUGGUUCAAGUGAACUCUGACGAUUGGCAGAACACUUUCUUCAUCAUAACCAUGGUGUCCGUUGUUAUCAUGACCGCCGCGACCGCCGUGUUCAGUGGCGGCUUAGUUGGCAUUGCCAGCAAAUUCUCCAAGGAAUACUUGGCAGCGGUGAUCGCUGGGCAGUCCUUGGGCGGGAUAAUCGCCGCCGUUGCACAAGUUAUAUCGCUCGCCUUCAAAGUAUCCCCCUUACACAGCGCCCUGAUCUACUUCGUGAUAGCCGAUAUCAUGCUUAUUACCUCCUUCAUAUCUUACGCACUACUAUACAAGAUAGAUUUCUUCACCCAUCACGUUUUAAGAGGUGCUGGUGGGAUGGCGACGAAUCGGCAUAGAGACGUGUCUAUGCUGUUGGUUCUGAGGAAGAUAUGGGUGUACGCGUUCAGUAUAUUCGCCGUGUUCGCUAUAACUAUGGCGGUGUACCCAGCCGUCACUGUGCUCGUCGAAUCUCAUCCCGUCACCAAGGGAACUGACUGGAACAACAUAUUCUUUGUGCCCGUUGUGAAUUACCUCAUAUUUAACUGCGGCGAUUAUUCCGGAAGACUUGCCGCCGGUUUUCUGCUAAAGCCGCUCAACCAAUGGUUGAUAGCGGGAGCUAGCAUCUUGAGGAUUAUAGGAGUUCCAAUGUUGAUGCUGUGCAACGCUCAGCCCAGGAAGCAUCUUCCCGUCGUGUUCCUGUGGGAUUACGAAUAUAUCAUCAUCAUGAUAAUAUUUGCCUUCACCAACGGCUACCUGACGAACAUUGUGAUGAUCAAUGCCACCAGAGUUGUGGACUUGCAUGAGCGGGAGAAAGCUUCGUCCGUCAUAAUAGCCAUGUUAAGUGUUGGGUUAACCGUUGGUGCUGCCAUAGGAAUGAUACUUGUUCGGCUAUUGUAA